AUGUCUUUAAUCGAAAAUUAUGAUUCUGAUCAAUAUGAGCUUGAACAUUUUACGUAUAAUACUGAACAUAAAUCGCAGCCACUUGCCUCUAUCACGUCUAGUAUUAACAAUAGCGAAGAUCCAGCAACUUCCUCUAGAAAAAGACGUAGCAAGCUUUUUUCGGAAGGGCUAUUUGAGGAAAGGGAUCUUUCACUAGAACAUCCUAAAGCACAUACGCAUCGAGAAAUAGUAUGUCUUGUCUGUUCUGAAGAUAAAAGAAAAACAUGGUUAUGCAGAAAUGAUGAUUCCAAUACAACAAAUCUUUGGCAUCAUCUUGAACGCCACCAUCCAGACAGUGAUCCAAGAUCAAAAGAAGAACCAUCUGAAUUUACACAAUUAGCUUUUAAAAAGCUACUCAAUAAAUGGAUAGUCUUAGAUAAUCAGCCAUUUACGACUGUUGAAAAUAAACACUUUCGACAAAUGAUAAAGCU